AUGCAUAUAUUCGCUACUGAGUCUUCGGCAGUGCUGGGCAGUAUGCUGGCAAAUGCGGGUGAACCUGUCCAUCGCCCAGGCGUGCCUUGGAUGAUAGUUGCACCGCCUUACGCCAGAGUGCAUCAGGAGGUGGCUAUGGUGGAGGCGGUGGCGGUCGCGGAGGAGGUGGCGGUUACAGGGGUGAGGGAGGGGGCGGCAGCCGCCCUAGCAGCGCGUACGGCGGCGGUGGCGGCGGAGGAUACGGCGGUGGCGGUGGCGGUGGUGGCGGAGGAUAUGGUGGCGGCCGCGGAGGCGGUGGCGGCGGCUAUGAAGGCGGAAGGGGCGGCGGCGGUGGAGGCCGAGGUGGUGGAUUUGACGGAGGCCGGGGUGGCGGUGGUGGCGGACGCGGCGGCGGCGGUGGACGCGGUAGGGCUGCACACAGCGAGGAAGAUGAUGAGCGACCUUUUGCAUUUUUACCAACAUGUCUCCAGCACGGAAAUCGGAGGCGGCGGUGGUGGUGGCGGUGGCGUCCUGAACCCGCAGGAGGGCGCGGCGAUGCUGGAUGCCGUGCUGCGAACAGCCCGUAACAUGCGGGCUAACGUCAAUGUGGACAUCAAUUCCGAGGGUCGGCCGAUGAGCAUCACACGCCGACCAAACGAGGGCACAGUCGGGCGAGCAGUCAACCUGUUUGCCAACUACUUCCGACUGCAGACGGCGCCCGGGUUCCCGCGCGCGGCGUAUCAUUACGAUGUAACGAUCAAGUCAGUUGAGGAGGCGCGCAUGGGAGGCGGCGGCCGUGGUGGCGGUGGCCGUGGCGGUGGCCGUGGUGGUCGUGGUGUGGCUCCAGAACCAGCCGGUCCGGAGGCCGCGGCUGAGGGUGAGGACCUGCCCCCACGCCUUGCCCAUCGCGUGCUCAAAGCCGCGGCCACGCAAUACAAGUGGCCGGACGGCGCAUGGCGCUUCGAUGGGCGCAAGAACCUGUAUCUCCCAGGCCAGGGUAUUCCGCCUGAGGUCCGGGAGUGGAAGGUGACGCUGCCGCCCAGGGAGGGCGACCGCGGAGAUAAGACUAAGUCCUUCGUGGUGACGACCAAGCAUGUCAACGUGGUGGACCUAUCGAGUCUGCAGGCGUAUCUGGCUCAGCAGCAGCAGCAGGCGCCGCGUGACGCCAUGCAGGUGCUGGAUGUCGUCAUCCGGCAUGCCUUCGCGGUAGACCCGCUGUGCACCGUGCUGGGCCGUGGCUACUACUACCCCGGCGAUGGCGUCGAGCCGCUGACGGGCGGUGCUGAAGUUUGGAAAGGCUUCCAGCAGAGUUUCAAGCUGGUCGAGUCUGGCCUCAUGCUUAACCUGGACUCCUCGUUUGCGGCGUUCAUGUCAGAGCGGUCGCUUCCUGAGCUGCUCGCCGAGAUGUGCAAUACCCGGGACUUGUCCCGAGUAGACCCCAGUCGGCUCCGAUCGGCCGCCAGGAACCUGUCCGGGUUCAAGGUGACCUUCCCCAUGAAGGGUGGCCACUUGCGGAAGAAGCCCAUGAUCGGCCUCAGCGAGCAGGGAGCCGCGAAUACCAUGUUCCACAACGAGGCGGAGGGAAGGUCGAUGAGCGUUGCGGAGUACUUCAAGUCCACCGGCCGUCCUCUGCGAUACCCCAACCUGCCGUGCGCAAAUGUCGGCAAUCGCAUGAAGCCUACUUACAUACCAGUGGAGCUCUGCACGGUGGUGGCGGGCCAGCGGCGCAUGAAGCUGGACGCGAAGCAGUCUGCCGGGAUGAUUUCUGCGGCCAAGCAAGAUCCACGGACCAAGGGUGACGCUGUGGUGGUUCAGGCGCGCCGAGUCCAGAGCACCCUGCAAGGCAGUGGCACGGAGGCCAAGUGGGGCCUCAAACUCAACACAGAUUUGAUGCGCCUGCCGGGCCGACUGCUGCCCACUCCCGUACUGCAGUACGGCUCCCCGGUGUGCUUUGAUGUGGGCCCCAACGGUUCCUGGAACCUGAGGGAUGUCAAGUUCCACGAGGCGCGGGCUCUGGACUCUUGGGCGGUGGUGUGCUGCAUCCCGAAGGAGGAAGUCGACUUUGACGGGGAGUACUCCCUGUGGGACUUUUUGAUUGACAUGUGCGACAACAUGGGCAAGUGCGGCAUGGCAGUGGUGGACCCGGUGCGCCGCGGCUCGGACGCUGCCCCACCGGUCGUGUUUCAGAUGGGCCGGGAGAUUCCCAACCGUGGCAUUGAGAACGCGAUGCGGUCGGCGGCCGAGGCGGCUGCGAAAAGAUACAAGAAGCCGGCUAAGCUGCUGCUGGUUAUCCUGCCUGAAAGCCUCACGGACGAGUACCGUGAGAUCAAGCGGGUGUCGGACAUCGAGCUGGGCAUCCCGUCGCAAGUUGUGGCGGGCAGCAAGGCCAAGGUGGGCCCGAAGGCUGGGCCCAGGGGCGGCGGCCCGCAGUAUUGCGCCAACGUGGCGAUGAAGAUUAACAACAAGCUGGGUGGCGUCAACGUGACCCUUUCGGGCGGCCUCCGCUACCUGCCGGUGCUUGGCGGCCAGGGUGCCCUCCCCUUCAUGAUCAUGGGUGCGGACGUGACGCACCCCACGGGGGCGGCGGCCCGAGCGGACGUGCGGGACCCCUCGGUGGCUGCGGUGGUGGCCUCCCUGGACCAGAGCAUGGGUCGCUGGGGCUCCCGCGUGCUGCUGCAGACGGGCCGCCAGGAGGUGAUCACGGGCAUGGCGACCGCCACCAAGGAGCUUCUGCUGGAGUUCUACCGGGCCAACAGGAACACUAAGCCCCAGCGUCUAGUGAUGUACCGCGACGGUGUAUCCGAAGGCCAGUUCGACCAGGUCCUGGCUGAGGAGUAUAUGGCUAUCCGGAAGGCCUGCCGCGAGCUCGAGGAGAGCUACAGGCCCGCCAUCACGUUCAUUGUGGUGCAGAAGCGCCAUAACACCCGGCUGCUGCCGGCCGACGGCGCGGCUUCGGACCAGAAGGGCAACGUGCUGCCCGGCACAGUGGUAGACAAGGGUAUCGUUGCACCGGAUGGCUUUGACUUUUACCUCAACUCGCACGCCGGUCUCCAGGGCACCAACAAGCCCGCCCACUACCACGUCUUGAUUGACGAGAUUGGCUUCGGCGCGGAUGGCGUCGAGCUGCUUACCUACUGGCUGUGCUAUCUGUAUCAGCGUACCACCAAGUCAGUCAGCUAUUGCCCCCCGGCGUACUACGCCGACCGCGCCGCCUUCCGGGGCCGAACCCUCCUGGCGGCGACGUCGUCUGCAUCGGACACGGCGUCGGAGGCCGGGUCCAUGCGGGCCGGUCAGGGUGGCGCCAGCGCUCCUGCUACUUUCGCCGGCAUUCACCGGGACCUGUCCAACGUCCUCUACUUCAUGUAAACUUGCGCCUAGGUCGUCUGAAUACCUGGCGUGCGUAUACUUGGCUGGUAGAUUAUACGCAUAGAGCUGUUGAGUAACGAGAUUACCGAAGUGGGAAGCGAUGGGGAGGCAUUGAGUCGGAAUGAUUGGGGUGGGUGGGAGGAAAGGAGUUUUCUUUCUUGAAUAAGCCACGUUUGGUAAACAUGUAAAUAGUGACGGAAGUGGACUCGAAACAUCUAGUUGGUGAUUAUGAUGUUGCUAAUGCCCCAAAAAAAAGAGAUGAAGAUGUUAAACAAGGAACAUGUCAUUAAGGAAACUCCAUUAAAUGAUUCUAAAAUUGUAUGUAAUCCAUAUUUGUCUCACUCACUGGACAACGUUUAAAUACUCACCCAUACACAUGUCUUAUCAACAAACAAUUGCAUAUAUCCUACCUAUCUGUAUAUAUCUGCAGAAAACCACCCAUUCACAAUCUUUUAUACAUACUUUACAUUUACAUGCACAAAUGUGCAUGUCACAGCUUCUUCCCCUACUGAUACGCCACCAGCUAAUCGUCCGGACCAAUCAUUUGCCCGUUGCCGCCACCACCCCGAUGAAUCCACGGCGAGCGCGACAAGUACGAACCCGCUUGAAGCGACCUGCUGUACGACCCAGACACAAUCGUUUGCGUCGCCCUGAACGACAUGCGGCUGAUAGAAUCCCCCAUAGCAUCGAUAGGCUGCGACGCCGCCGAGGGGCCGUAACCUGCCAUGGUGAGCGGCGACGACAUCGCGGCCACGUAGGGCGUCAGCAGCGGCGCCGCCGCGCCAGCGCCGCUGCCGUACGGCGCGCCAGCUUCCGCCGCUUCUUCCUCCAGCGGCGCCUCCGCAUUUCGCAGUGCCAAGGCCUCUGCCAGCAGCCUCCGAUUGGCCUCGUGAUCACCGUGCCUGUACACCAGUGUCCCCGAGACCAGCACCACAAAGCCCGCCGCUUGGAGCCAGGAGUACACGGUCCAUCGCUCCCCCAGCUGACCCAUACCCAGCGGCGUGUAGAACAACAGCAAGUCAACCAGCCACACAAAAAGGGUGCGCAUGGUCUCCAGCACCGUCCUGAACACCGCCCCCAGGUGCCCCGUCACCGCCAUUCCGGACACGUUGUAGAGCAGCAGCGCCGCCAUGUCCACCGCCAGCACCGCCUGGAGAGCCCUGGAGCGAGAUAUCAGCUGAACGGUGUCCAGGAAGUCCUCGUGAAUACCCUCCCCUUCGGCACCUGGCAGGUAGUAGGCGAUGGGCAUCAUGACGGCGAGGGUGCCCACCGCCCCCAGCAGCCCCUCGUACCCCACGAUGCG